ACUACAGAACCAGGACAACUGGACACAUACAGCCACUGCCCUACACCUCCCAGACUCCCAGGAGCCACGCCUCAAGCCCCGCUACUGAAGCAUCGGUUGUCUUCUCUCCGCUGUGCCACCACUAUGAAGAGUCCUAUGUUGGCACUGCUGUUGCUUUGUCUUUGUGUGCCUGGGCACUGUAACUGCCAGGCUGAAUGCUUCUCCUGCGCCCAGCUUCUGCCAAAAGAACUCAACUUUAACAUCAUGGUAUGUGUGGUGGAGUGUGAGGGCAGCAUCUCUUCAGCAUACACCUGGGACCUCUGUCGCAAGGCCUCUGUGGCAUCACAGUUCCCCUCCCUGUCUCUAAGGGGCACCAUGCUAAAACGAGCACAGGAGCGGGUGGAAGCUCUGCUACCAGAAGCAGAGGAAGAACAGGGGGAGGAGGGACUCCUGUAUGGGCCAACUCUUCAGCGUUACGACCAGGUGUCCCAUGCUCUCGGCCUGGACCAGCUGGAUUUGGACAGCUGGAACAAUCAGCUUGCAGGCUCCGCUGGCUACAACUCGCAGCAGCCCCAGGCUGAGGAGGAAGUUGAGGGGGAAGGGGUGGAGGGAGAAGUUGCAAUGGAGCAGGGGCAGGAAGGAGCAGGGCUGAGCCUGUCAAAGCGCUUUGGGGGCUUUCUCAAAGGGAAGCACGGUUACAGGAAGUUGAUGGACCCAGGGAGGUCGUUCCAGAAGCGUUAUGGAGGGUUUAUUGGCGUUCGUAAAUCUGCCCGCAAGUGGAACAACCAGAAACGCUUCAGUGAGUUCCUGAAGCAGUACCUGGGAAUGAGCACCCGGGCCAGCGAGUACAACAGCAUGUCUGAGGACUUCACCCAGCAGAGCGAGGUGUAGCCCCACCCAUAACCCUGUCCAUAACACAUGACACAUGGCCCAGGCUCUAAACCAGGCCUCAACCACCACAUACUGAAGGCUAUUUUAGACCCCAUUGCUUGACAUGUCGUGCAACAGUUUUGGGGCGAUUUACCAACGUUCUAUUGUCGGAUGACUUCAAAGAUGUAAUUGUUGUUAUUCAAAAGUAUAUACCCAAUAGCGACAGCAGGUUGUAACACUGUACUGCCCCUCCACUUUGACAAUUCAUAAUUAAACACAUGCUUGCCUUUAUUCCCUCUCCAAAUUGAUAUUACAAUUUGUUACUUUACAAACAACUAAGAAAUCCAUUAACAGAGUUACUAACGAGCCUAAUAUUUUACAUUUAUCAAGAUAUCCAUGAACGUCUAUUCAUGUAUUGGAUCCUGAGCCUUGCUCUCAAAUAACCAUGGCAAGUUUGGUACUUUUUAUCUGCAACAUGCAGGAUAACCGUCGCAAUGUCACCAGAGUGAAGUAGUUCAGAGAUAAAGUAACUUUGAGUAUAAACUAUCAUUGCAACAUUUUGAUUCUCAGUUGUAGCCCGACAUGUUGAGUAAUGGAUUAUAAACCAACCUUAUUACCUGCAACCCGCAAACAACCAUGUUUCAACCCUGCCCCAUAAAAACAUGCACACGCACACACACACACACAUACUUAAACAUACAGUACCAGUCAAAAGUUUGGACAGAAAAUGUGUACUGGUACUGUACAUGGGCGCACACACACAUGCAUGUACAUGAAUACACCUCUCAAAGUAAAAUUUGCCACCUUGGAGAAUGAUCUAUCCUGACCACAACCUCAUGGAUAUUCACAAUGAAGUCAAAGACAUGGAUCACUAUCAGCUUCAGCCUUAAAUAUUCUCUCAUAGAUGAGAAUGAUAACAUGUUGAUAACGAUAAGGUAUUAAGCAUAAACUAUUAAUGAAGUGUGUAUAAUUAGAUUUUCUGAAAAAUUCCAUCCAAUACUGUUAC